AUGGUUGCUAGUUUCUCAACAAUUAAUUUGUUAUUAUCUUUGGGAAUAGGUUUUUUAUUUGUUCGCUUAACUUUUGUCAUAGUAAUUAAUAUGAAAAAAAAAGAAAAUAAAUUUAGAGGAAGAAAGAAUAGUGAAGCCUCUGAUAUAGAAUUAGAUACUGAACAUGUUAUUACCGAUAAUAAUAAUAAAGUGUAUUGCAGGUGUUAUUUAUGCGCUGAAGAAGGUUAUGGUGGUGCUUGGAUUAGCAAAAAUACUUGA